GGAACCUGUGAAUACUGUUAUAGUACAAAUGGCACAGCGGCAGCUUCGUCAUCGCAAAUCUCGAAUCACAUGGCUCUUCUUUCUCAUUCCUUAACGCCCAUCACCUGUUUGCUUAAAUGCCAAGGAGACUAACCUCUUUCUCUCCACCUCUUCAAGCACCAAUCUUCUCUAUUACGCCAACGCCAUGGAUCACCUUUCCACUGUAACAAACUGGGAAGAUAUGCAACUCGAUUGCCUCUCCAUCAUCUUCUCCAAGCUCGGGCUCGACGACCUCACCACUUCCAUCCCCUUCGUCUGCAAAUCCUGGUCCCAAGUUUCCUCCCAUCCCUUCUUCUAUCAAGUCCUCGACUUCCGCUUUUUGAACCUUAACCCAUCGUCUUCGUUCUCCAAAAUCUUCUCUUCCCAGUACUCCCUUCCUCGCUUCACCUUUUCCAGCUUCCUCAAGCUCGCCAUGGCCCAAAGCCACGGGGCCGCCUUCGACCUCCGUUUCUCGUCUCUCUUUCCUCCUUCAAUGGAGGUUCUAUCUCUCGCAUCAAUCACUUGCCCUAGGUUAAAAACCCUGUGCUUGCCGCGAAUCUGCUUCGACGAUGAAGUUCGUUUUUUUAAUCUGCUAAGCAAGUGGAGGGAUCUCGAAUGGCUUGCAAUCGAAUCAAAGCCGUUUAAAUUGAGAGAAAUGGCGGAGCAGAUUGGUAUUCAUUGCAGCAAAUUUUACGGGAUGAAAAUUCGCGGUUUUAUCAGAAAAGAAGAUGUAACCGGCAUAGUUGAUUUUCUUCCAAAGAUUGAAGUUUUGGAUCUGAGUGGGUCUCAGAUAAGGAAGGAGGAAGUGUUGGCUAUAGUUGACGGUUGCCGGGGGCUGAAGAGAUUGAGUUUGAAGGAGUGUGUUGGCUUUGAAGCUGAUGAAGAGGUGAGUAGGAGAGCUAGAGGCAUACAGGUUUUUGAGUUUGACAGAUGCAGGGUUGAAGAUGGAUUGAGGAAUUCUGAAGAUCAAAGUGAAGUUUUGGAACAGACGUUCAUGUACUUUGAUGAUUGUUUUGAGAUGUGGAUGUUUUGAAUUUUGAUUGAUCAAACUGUUGAUCACUCUAUCAGUCUAGCUUUAAUUCGCUUUGAGUAAACAAUCAAGAGCCAAAUUCUCUUGUCAAAAACACCUUACCAGCAACGCUAUAUGUUUUUUU